GCUGAGCCCUUGUGAAAAACUGCGAAUCCCAGAAGACACUGCAUCUACAUUUGUGUGCAAACAUAUGACCUUUUACUUUGAGGGCUGAUGGGGGUUGUAGUUCUUGCAGCAGCUUUACCUUAGAACCCUUUUAUGGGCUGAGGUUUGCACCGGUGCAUCCCGAGAGAGGAGAAGGCUAGGGGUUUGUACUGCUGGAUCUGAGACGAGGAGGUUGGAACCCUGGACUCCUGCGUCUAGGACCAUGGCAGCCGUGGGCUUUGAGGAGUUUUCAGCGCCACCAGGCUCAGAGUUGGCGUUGCCUCCCCUAUUUGGUGGCCACAUCCUGGAGAGUGAGCUGGAGACGGAAGUGGAGUUUGUGUCAGGUGGCCUGGGUGGCUCAGGGCUCCGGGAGCGAGAUGAAGAGGAAGAGGCAGCCCGGGGUCGGCGGCGGCGCCAGCGGGAAUUAAACCGCAGAAAGUACCAGGCACUAGGUCGGCGCUGCCGGGAGAUCGAGCAGGUGAACGAGCGGGUCCUGAACAGGCUCCAUCAAGUGCAGAGGAUCACUCGGAGGCUACAGCAGGAGAGGAGGUUCCUCAUGAGAGUGCUGGACUCCUACGGGGAUGACUACCGGGCCAGCCAGUUCACCAUUGUGCUGGAGGAUGAGGGCAGCCAGGGCACAGAUGCUCCCACCCCAGGUAAUGCUGAGAAUGAGCCUCCAGAGAAAGAGGCACUGUCCCCGCCGAGAAGGACUCCUGCACCCCCAGAACCUGGCAGCCCAGUCCCCGUCGAGGGGCCCAGUGGGCGGAAGAGGAGGCGAGUACCACGGGAUGGACGUCGAGCAGGAACUGCGCUGACUCCAGAGCUGGCACCAGUGCAGAUUAAGGUCGAGGAAGACUUUGGCUUUGAAGCAGACGAGGCCCUGGAUUCCAGUUGGGUGUCUCGGGGUCCAGACAAACUGCUGCCCUACCCGACCCUAGCCAGCCCACCCUCUGACUGACCCACGCCCAGUAAACUGACCCCACACUCA